AUGUACACAUCCACAACAACUAGUCUACGUCGCAACGCAAACGGAGCGACAUCCUCUGUCUAUUCAGGGAACAAGAUCCGACAUUUGAAGAAAGAGGACGGAAUACCACUAUGGCGAAAGGACAUCCAAUACGACUUCUUGAAGCUGGUCUUCUUCGAUCAGACCAAAUGCUUCACCAAAUUCAGCGAUGGCACGAAUGGUCACACUUUCGCGGACAUAUACAUUGAUGCAAUGGCCAAGAGCAGCAAGUGCAGCAAGAUCUUGAAGGAGAAGCUAUUGCAGGAUCAAGAUGGCGCGAUCAGCAUGGCUAUGGUAUGCUUGUUGGUCAAUGUUGGUAGAAUGAACACGACCUUGAAUUUCUUUCCUGAGAUGCGAGCCCAGCUACGUACAUAUCACUCGAUCCCAGCCCUACAGGCGCACCAAGACCCGAACGCCUACAAGCAGUUGCAAGACGCUCCACGACUGAAGUCCAUCCUCAAAGGCGCGACCGAAGACGAACCGCAACCAGCGACGAUGGAUGAGAUUAAAGCCGCAUCCAGACCUCGGACCAAUCCCGUCAACCUGAUCUUCGUGAUGAGCCAGUACGCGCCGAAGAUCAGUGAGCUUCACUUUCCACCACCACGAGACUUCUUCGACCUGGUCAUGCGAUCCAGCUUGGGGAGUGUGAGUCGCGCCAAGGCAUUCUUGUGGUUGAUUUGGUGGUACCUUGAGAGUGAUUUCACAAAAGAGGACGCCGAGCGGAACCCGUUUGGUCCAGGACAGUUCGACCCGGCGGAUGAGGGUGCGGAUGCGUUGCCGGUCAAAGUGCCGACAUUGGAGAGCUUGACAGAAGAGCAGGCGGCGGAGGAAAACGUGGACACCGAGGAAGAGAAGCAUUUUGGAGAAGUCAAAAGGAAGGAGCGGAUCGCGAUACUUGCCAGUGAACCUAGUCCCGCAAUGACUGCUCUCAAGCGCGCGCGGAAGGAGAAGGGCUUGACAACCGGACAUGGAGUGCAUGCGAGUGACGAUGAAGGAAGCGAAGUGGGCAGCUAUCAUAGAGGCAUGAUGCCCGCAUCUGUCGGAAAGAUGUCUACUCUCCACCUCGAGACUGCUAGCGACUACACUCGAUCGCCCUCUCCAGCCGGAAGCCGUGGCUUUCAACCAAUCAACAACAAACCCGUCAGCGAUAUGCGCAUCGACAACAUGCUCAACAGCGACGACGUUGCUCCUGACCCAUCCUCGCCACAAGCAACCAUCUCCGGAUUCGCCCGGGACCAUAUCCCUACGCCCUCAUACCAAGCCCAAAAACGCCACCGCGGCGUCACUCAGCACCAAUCCGCGGUCAUGACACAUCGCAAACAGCAGAUCGACUACACACUCGACCGCCGCAUCAGGAAAGCACACGUUGCAUUCCGGAAUACCAGGGAAUCGGAGUCGGCGAUCGUUCGUGCGUGGAAGAGGAUUCGGGCUUUACCGCUUGAUUAUGACUCGGAAGAAGAG